AUCAUAUGUGUCUAUAUCGAGCAUCAUUCUCUCUCUAUGUGGCAUGGUCACGUGAAUGCCAGUAAGCUACUCCCUCGGGAAAAUUUACUGUUCCAUCAUUUGAUUGAUCAACCUCUUCUUCAUCGAUAAAAGGCCUUCUGGCCCAGUGUCUUCUCCUUGGUACCCUACUCCUCCUCUCCUCUCCUCUCUUCUCUCUGUCUUCCCAUGUCUCCAUUCGACUUGAACCACGCUGCUGAUAUCCCUCUGUCGGAGGGAGAUCAAGAUCGAACCAGUCACCCUCUCUUCACAGUAGUAGCUGCAAACGAGACCUCUUCAUUCUCAUGUCCCAUUUUCUUCAACGACCCUCAUGAUCAUGGAGCGGAUGGUGGACACGACUCCCUCCCAAAACAGUUACCGCAACAAGAGCCCAAGGAUCACUCGUUGAUGAUCGGUGAGUCAAACUAUCACUGGGUAUGUACUACAGAAGAAGAGGAUGAGAUGGGGAUCAUGAAGAAGAUGAUGAUGAGUUCUGAAGGUGGAAAACCAAGAGGAGACCAAAUACAAGCUGAGCAAGUCAGAGUCUGCUCUAACUGUAGCACAACGAAGACUCCUCUGUGGAGAAGCGGCCCUCGCGGCCCCAAGUCCCUCUGUAAUGCUUGUGGAAUACGACAGCGGAAGGCGAGACGGGCAAUGGAAGCUGCUGCCAUGAACAGUGGGGUGAUCCCCUCCGAUGCCCCAAGCGGGACACACACAGAGAAGAAGCAAGACAUGCAUGACAGUCGCGUCCCGUUUAAGAAGAGGAAGCUGCUCUUUCGUGGCACCAACUCAGCUGCACUCCACGAGGUGUUCCCACAGGAUGAAAGAGACGCGGCUACAUUGUUGAUGGCUCUCUCUUGUGGCCUAAUCCGGAGUUGAGCACUGCAUUCUCUUGUGUUGUUCGAGUUCUCUUAGUUGGCCUAAUCCGGAGUUGAUUACUACUUGACACUGUCCAUUAAGCAUUUGCGCAUU